AUGUCGGCAUUGGAGCGAAGUUGGUGGGAGCUGAGUUUCCCUCUCUACCUCUCUCUUCUGAUGGCCGUACUCCGCUCCGUGUUCAAGUCCAAAUGCUGCAAGGUCCGAGCCAAGACUGCAUUUGCAACAAUCGAGGCAUUUGCGACACUUCUGAUUAUGUCCUAUGUGAGUAUCCUACAGUUUUCAUUUGACCUUCUCAGCACGGCUGUGAUUUACACUGAAGACAACCACAAGUUAGUACGCUGGAUGCUAGACCCCACUUUGGUCUAUUUCACUCGAUUCCACGGGCUACUCGCCUUCGCUGCCAUUCUCCUGAUCCUGUUCUACAUCAUACCCAUACCCAUCAUCUUCCUCUUCCCAACAGUUCUCUACAGUAACAAGUUCCUCAAGAAAUACAAACCGUUCUACGACACGUUCUGGAACCCGUUCAAACCGAGAUUUCGGUUCUGGUUGGGUCUGAGACUAAUCUUCAGGUGGGUUCCCAUCAUAAUGGCCUCGUUUACGGCUCCGCCAACCAGCACCUUUGUAACUGUCUUCUUCCUGACAGUCCUACUGUUCCUGCAGCUGGAGCUUCAACCGUUCCAGUCCAAAUGGGUCAAUUCCCUUGACAGUCUAUUCCUCUUGAACCUGAUUAUGCUGUUCCUCGGUUCUCUCUUCUUCAAUGCCAAACUCGACGACGGCCACGAUCAACAGGUCACAACCAUGAGAAGUGCCACGGAGUACACCUCUGUACUCGUGGUGCUGGCUUACAUCGUGAUGUUUGGAGUGUUCUUCUACCGAAUGUUUGUGCGGUUCCCAAAACUGACGAGCUGCCUGCUGAAAUGCUACACAAAGUACUGCGCAAAGAAGAUGAAAAGAAUUGUGCUCCACGUUCCGCAGAGCAUUCCUGACGAUGCAACGUAUGUUGAUGGCAUACCGACAGGUGUGGACAGGACAAACCGAGGUAUUCAGGAGAACAGGCCUCGUGUUGUUGGCCACACGUCAUUCAGAGAGCCGCUCCUCGAUGAGGGAAGUGUUGAGAUCCACACGUACACCACCACCACCCUCCCUUCCAGCCCUACUACCUUCACCAACACCUCGCCCACCUCACCAACACCACUCACCAAAUGA